AUGGACAAUAUACUCGCAAAGCCCACCGACCUGUGCUGCCUGAAAGGCGAUUUUCAUAACGGAGAGCCUACAGGGUCAUUUGCACAGAUUGAGGGCAUCGACACGUAUAUCGCCAGGCCGCACCCGGAGAGGUCCAACGGCAAUGUCAUCCUCUUCUUCCCCGACGCGUUUGGUCUGCACAUAAAUAGCUUCCUGAUGAUGGACGCUUUUGCCGAGUGCGGCUAUCUGACGCUUGGUGUUGAUUAUUUCCUUGGGGAUCCUGUCUCAAAGUACUCGACGACACCGUUGAGUGACCCCAAUUUUGACUUUGAGGGUUGGAAAGCGCGACACCUCACGGCUUCUGAAGGGGUCGCUGCUAGAUGGGUGAAUGGCGUCAAAGCGAGAUACGGCACAACCGAGGACGUCAAGUUUGCUUGCGUGGGAUAUUGUUGGGGUGCCCGAUUUGUUUGCCAGCAGUUGUCUGCGGAGGGAAUUUGCAAAGCCGGGGGUAUCGCUCAUCCCUCCUUCCUCAAGGAAAGCGAUAUCUCCAAAGUGAAUGGUCCGUGUUCGACGAAGAUUCAGAGUCUUCAUGGGUGCUAA